AUGGCCACCAUUCAAGACGAUGAUGAGCUUUUGCUAGCCCGCAUCGGGUAUAAGCAGGAGUUACGACGAGAGUUUUCCAAAUGGUCGACCGUCUCAUAUGCCAUCUCCAUCCUGGGGGUACUUGGCUCUGUGCCAGCGACCUUUGGUGCGCCAUUAUCGGCUGGCGGGCCAGCAACGGCUGUAUGGUGUUGGUUGAUCGGCUCAUGCAUGGCCAUGUGCAUUGGAAGCUCAGUGGCAGAGCUAGUAUCGGCAUAUCCAACGGCCGGAGGGAUGUAUUUUGUCACAAAACAUGUUGUGCCUCCCGACCAGGUCCCUGUCUUUUCCUGGAUUCAGGGCUGGUGCAACCUCCUUGGUCAGACAGCAGGAGUCUCUAGCGUAGCAUACACUGUCAGUCAGAUGUUGCUGGCCUGUGUUAGUAUGAACUCGGAGCUUGUCGAUGGCAAGUACUCAUAUGCACCGACAGCGUUGGAGACUGUUCUACUAUCUAUCGCAAUUCUGUGUAUUCUUGGCGUGAUUUGCUCGUUGACCACAAAAUCAUUGCAUCGAAUCAUUCUUUGGUUUGCUCCCAUCAACAUUGUGGCAACUAUCUGUAUCUGCAUUGUCUUAAUUACCCUUACCCCUAACCUACAGCCAGCGUCUUGGGUCUUUGGCCAUUUUACAGACGGCUCAGGAUGGGGUUCAAAAUUGUUCUCUUUUUCUCUGGGUUUCAUAUCCGUUGCCUGGACCAUGACCGACUAUGAUGGGACAACACAUAUGUCUGAAGAGACGCACGAUGCUGCCGUGCGAGGACCAGUCGCUAUUCAAACAGCUGUCCUAGUAUCUGGGGCAUUCGGAUGGCUCCUGACUGUUUCAAUGUGCUUCUGUCUCACUGACUUCGAGGGAAUUCUAAACUCUCCUACUGGUCUUCCUGCAGCUCAAAUCUUCCUGAAUGCUGGUGGGAAACGAGGCGGAACUAUCAUGUGGGCAUUUGUCAUCCUAGUCCAAUUCUUCACUGGUUGCUCGGCUAUGCUAGCAGAUACACGAAUGGCCUAUGCCUUUGCCCGUGAUGAUGCUCUACCAUUCUCAAAAAUCCUCUCCAAAGUUAAUCCUCGGACUCAUACCCCUGUUAAUGCGGUAUGGUUCGUGGUUAUUUUCAGCAUUGGGUUGAACUGCAUUGCUAUUGGCUCCACGCAAACAGCCACUGCAAUCUUCAAUAUCACUGCCCCUGCACUAGACUUGUCAUACGUGUCUGUCAUUCUUGCUCAUCAGAUCUACAAGUCGAAAGUCAGAUUCAUCGAGGGUCCUUUCACGCUCGGCAAAUGGGGUACUCCUAUUAACAUCAUCGCCAUCAUCUGGGUUCUGUUCAUCAGCACUAUUCUCUUCUUCCCGCCACAACUGCCUGUGACGCCCGCAAAUAUGAACUACGCCAUCUGCGUUGGCGGCUUUAUUGCCGCAUUUGCUAUGAUAUGGUGGUGGAUUGAUGCUCGAGGAAAAUAUACUGGCCCUCAAACCAACGAUAUUAUACAAGAGAUCCCGACCGAAGACGACGAGUUUGAGGAGCCAGGUGAAGUCACUGCCUAG